UGUGAUACAGACUAUGACUGUUCUGAUGAUGGUGAAGAACUGUGCUGCCCCACCACUUGCGGAAGAUCAUGUCGAUCCGCAGUGUAUAUAAAAAAGGGAGUAUGUCCAAAGUAUCGAUUUUUCGAUCCAAGUGAUUGUAAAAAAAGAGCUGAUAAAUGUUUCAAAGAUAGUGAUUGUAGAAGAAAUUUGAAAUGCUGUCUGACAGGUUGUGGUAAUACUUGUAGGAAACCUACCACUAAACCAAUUGUUCACGAAGGAGCGUGUCCAUUCUUCUCACCAGAGGGGAUCGACUGCCCGGCAGUAGAAGAAGAAUAUUCAUGUAACGAAGACAGUGAUUGCCCACUAGAUGAGAAGUGCUGUUUUGUAGCCUGUGAUAAGGCCUGUGUCAAAUCCAAUGAAAUCAUAGUCAAUCCUGGUAAGUGUACAUGUCCAUCUGUAGACCAGGCCAUUUUAUGUGAUUUUUGGUUCUCAGAUUGUGGACAGGAUGGAGAUUGUGAGGGAGAAAAGAAAUGCUGUGAUAAUCCUUGUGGUAGAACAUGUCAUGUUUUUCCAUUUCGACGGAUCAUUGCAGAACCACAAUGCCCCAAACCUAGUCCUUAUUAUGGAACCUGUGAAUUUAGACCAGGCGUGAAUUGUUUGAAUGAUAAUUAUUGUGCACCCAACGAGAUGUGUUGUAGAGAAGGAUGUGGACGAGUAUGUAAGAGAGUUUCUAAUGAACCACUUCCUGGUCGAAGCCCAUAUCCUAUUGGGUCUUUUUAG